AUGCCAACGGCAGACUGCAGGUUGCUCCAUCAUGGCCGGAUCAUGAGGUGUUUGACUUAUCUACUCCUACUUCCAGAAACCCUGAAAAAGUCUAAGAAGGUCUGCAAGCUCCCGGGCAGGCUGCCGGUAUGUUAUGAGAUCCUGACUCUGUCCCUGACGAGCAAGAAGAAGCAGCAGCAGCAGAAGGAGGAGGAGGAGAAGAUGGCUGCGGAGUUGUACCCCGCCGCUAACACCAACAACCCAAACCUGUCCAACGGCACGACGGUAGCGGACACGGAGAAGACCAAGGAAGUACAUGUGAGCCAGGCCAGCAGCGCGGCGACCACACCGACCACCCAGCAGAACAUCAACAACAACAACGUCGACCCGCCGAGCUGGCAGUGCAGCCACCCCACACUGAGAGAGAGGAAUGCCUUGAUGUUUAACAAUGAGCUGAUGGCUGAUGUCCACUUCAUUGUUGGCCCCUUGGGGGAAUCACAGAAGGUUCCAGCACACAAGUAUGUGCUGGCUGUGGGAAGCUCCGUCUUCUGUGCCAUGUUUUAUGGCGAUCUGGCGGAGGAGGAGUCCGAGAUCCAUAUUCCAGAUGUGGAACCUGCUGCUUUUCUAAUUCUGCUGAAGUACAUGUACAGCGAUGAGAUCGACCUGGAGGCAGACACGGUGCUGGCCACCCUAUAUGCUGCCAAGAAGUACAUCGUUCCUGCACUGGCCAAGGCCUGCGUCAUCUUCCUGGAAACGAGCCUGGAGGCCAAGAACGCCUGUGUGCUGCUCUCCCAGAGCCGCCUGUUCGAGGAGCCGGAGCUAACGCAGCGCUGCUGGGAGGUAAUCGACGCUCAGGCCGAGCUGGCGCUGUGCUCCGAGGGCUUCUGUGAGAUCGACCUGCAGACUCUGGAGAUCAUCCUGCGAAGGGAGACGCUCAACACCAAGGAGGUGGUGGUGUUUGAUGCUGUUAUGAACUGGGCCACAGCGGAGUGCAAGAGACAGGGUCUGGGGCCCACCACCCGCAACAAAAGAAAUGUGCUUGGCAAGGCGCUGUUCUUAGUGCGCAUCCCAUCCAUGAGCCUGGAGGAGUUUGCUGAUGGGGCGGCGCAAUGUGAUAUCCUGACACUGGAGGAGACUCACAAUGUGUUCCUGUGGUACACUGCGGCUAAAAAGCCAGAUCUGGAAUUCCCUCUGACUGCGCGGCAGGGUUUGGUGCCUCAGAGGUGCCAUCGCUUUCAGUCCUCAGCCUACCGGAGCAACCAGUGGCGCUACCGCGGCCGGUGCGACAGCAUUCAGUUCGCGGUGGACAAGAGGAUCUUUAUCGCCGGUCUGGGGCUGUAUGGGUCGAGCGGCAGCAAAGCCGAGUACAGCGUCAAAAUCGAACUGAAGAGACAAGGGGUGAUCCUGGCGCAGAACCUGACAAAGUUUGUGUCGGAUGGGUCGAGCAGUACGUUUCCGGUGCGGUUCGAGCAUCCUGUUCAGGUGGAGCAGGACGCGUUCUACACGGUGAGUGCCGUGCUGGACGGGAACGAACUGAGCUAUUUUGGCCAAGAGGGCAUGACGGAGGUGCAGUGUGGGAAGGUGACAUUUCAAUUCCAGUGCUCCUCCGACAGCACCAACGGGACUGGAGUACAGGGAGGACAGAUCCCCGAGCUUGUGUUCUAUGCCUAAGCCGCUCUGGACUGCUAAUGGAUAACUAGCUUUAUCCUCGCCUCCCAGCCUUCAAAGUAAUGUAGCAUUAAAGACACUUGACUAUGUCACACUAAAUGGCCUGGUUAGUUCUUUGAGAGACUAUUUUAAAAGUCAAGGAGCUGUUGUUAUUUAAUUUAAUGUUAUUUUUUUUAUUUAAAUACUGGGUUAACGUUAUUUGCUCUGUCGCCUGUGUUCAAGGGCUGCGGCUGCUGUAGAAACAACAUUAAUAGAGUCAUUUGUGGUUAUGUAAUCAAGCUGAGCUCCACAACUGAAACAAGUAGGGACCGCUUCCAAUUGUGUAAUUGCAAGUCUAUAUACAAUGUUGUUGCUAUAGUCUAAGCAGCAAUGUUACACGAGGAGCAAACCUUAUGUAGUGUUAUGAUUCUGAAUGCAAAAAAAAGUAGAAAUCUUGUCAGAAACAUAAUUGUUUUGCACUUGAGGACGGCCUCAUAAACAGUGUCUUUUGUAAAAUACAAUUUAACUGUUAACAGCUUGAUGCUGUUAAAGAUGACCAGAUGUGUUCUGUACAAGAAUGCUUAUACACCUGAUGAUAAAACAUAAAGGUUAUAAUGUGAUUGAAGUUA